CGUCCGCGCGGUUUCAAGUCUUUCUUCUCUCUCCCCCCCCACCUCUUUUUCUCCUCCUCCUCCUCCUGAAGCCGCCGCCUUCUUUCGCUGCUCCGCUUCCCAUCUUCUUUCUCAGCCAGCCAUGGAGGCAUUUCCAGUCGGGGACGAGCUGGGCAGCACCCCAGAACCCACCAUUUUGCAACCUGCCGGGACUGCUCCCGCGCCGGCUUAUCCUGCCCUCGAGUCGCAACAAGGCGAGCACCUGCGCGUCGGGGAGGACGUCCAAUUCAGCGAAGAGGUGGAAGACCGAGGUUUGCUAGAAAGCAGUACAAGAUUAAAACCUCAUGAAGCUCAAAACUAUAGAAAGAAAGCAGUGUGGGUUUCGUGGGCCUCCAUUGUUGUUACGCUGGCUCUGGCGGUAGCUGCUUUCACUGUCUCUGUAAUGAGGUACAGUGCUUCAUCAUUUGGAUUUGCAUUUGAUGCUACUUUGGAUGUGUUGUCUUCAGUGAUAGUUCUGUGGCGUUACAGCAAUGCAGCAGCAGUUCAUUCGGCACACAGAGAAUAUAUAGCUUGUGUCAUCUUGGGCGUGAUAUUUCUUCUGUCCUCUUUAUGUAUAGUGAUCAAAGCCAUCCAUGACCUUGCAACUAGGUUGCUUCCAGAAGUGGAUGACUUUCUAUACAGUGUUUCAAUUUUAAGUGGAAUCCUUUGUACUACUUUAGCAGUGAUCAAAUUUAUGUUGGGGAAGGUGCUUACAAGCAGAGCAUUGUUAACAGAUGGUUUCAACUCUCUGGUAGGAGGAAUUAUGGGCUUUUCCAUCCUCCUGAGUGCAGAGGUUUUUAAGCACAAUGCUUCUGUUUGGUACCUGGAUGGAAGUAUAGGAGUUCUGAUUGGACUUACAAUAUUUGCUUAUGGUGCCAAGCUGCUUAUGGAUAUGGUUCCCCGUAUACGGCAAACACGUCAUUAUGAAAUGUUUGAAUGAAGGCAACUCAGCUAUUGGACUGAAUUCAUUUUGCAGGAUUUGAAAACAUCCUACAUCCUGGCAAGUGGGGCCAGUCCUACUUGCAAGAUUGAAUUUUGCUGUUGUUCAUGUUAUUUUUGCAUCAUCAUUCAAGGGGAAACCAAUCUGUACAAAUAGGCAAAUACAUGCACUGCUUGGAUCUCUCCAAUCACAUUUGGCAUAUGCUCCCCCAAAUCCAGCAAGCUGCAAUAGAAAUGAAUAAGACUUCUAAUCCUUUUUGCUACAUGUUGUAAGUGAUCAGGCCUCUCAAGUCACUUGACAGCUGCCCAUUUAAAGGGGCCAAAUUAAGAAGAGUCCCAGUCUGACUGUGACUGUUUAGAGACAAACAGAUACCAUGGAGCUUGAGUUUCUCCAGGAAAAGGGACUAAUCUUUUAGUUCUGUUAUUCCUAAAAUUCACAAUGGAUGAAGGGUAGCACCUCAUUAGUGUCUUGUCAAGUCAAGGGUGUUUACACAUGGUUACCAACAGAUCAGAUUUGCUAUUUUUAUUGAUUCAGUAUUAAAAAUAUGAAGUAUUUUCUUCCUACGAGAUGCCACAGUUUCAAUAAAAGGUGCAAUUCACCCCCUCAGCUGCUCAAUAUCCCAAAUUUUAGGACAUGGUUUAAUUUCAUAGUUUUAUUGAAGUAUUUAAAAUAUGUCUCUCUCCUUCUCCCCAUUCCCUCUUUCUCUCUGUUUCUCUCUCUCUCUCUCUCUAUUUAUAUAUAUAUAUAUAUAUAUAUAUCAAGCAACACAUAUUAAGCUGCACAGUCAAAAUAAGCACAAAGUGUUCAUGUACAGUUAAAAGCCAAAAAAGGAUUGAGGUUUAAUGUGUUGAUUUAUAUUAUGCACUUAUGUAGCAGUAUGUCUGGCAAAAACACGGGUGUCCUGUGGAAAUCAUGGUUCCAUUCUGACAGUAAUGUUGACUCUAACUAUGAAGAGUUAGGCUUUUCUAUAGAUAUUCACGUGCUCAUGUUAUUUAACAUCUGGGUUACAAAAUCCAUUUCCCAUCUUGUAUAAUAUAUAAAAUGUUUCUUGUUUUAUAAAGGACCUAUAAGUAACCUUUAAAAAAGCGGUGUAAAUAGUACAUUAAAUUGAAAGUCUUCCUGUACAGAAGCACCUCCCAUAGACAGGUUAUUUCUGUCAUUUUUUGUAGGUGGAAUGUUUUAGCACAAAUUUAACAUAUGGUUAAGUAAAUUAUGUUCUGAAGUUUACUGCUUAAUCCACACGUGUUAUUAGCUCCAGUAGUUUGAAAAUGGUGCAUUUGUAAAGAGGACAAAGUAAUUUUAUAUCUGGCAAAAAGUGAAAAGUUUAUUGGAAGUAUGUAUAUUGGUGUGGAAUAAUGAUUUGCAGAGGGGCAUCAAAUUUGCAAAUGACACCCUCUACUGUCAUUUACUGGUUUCUUGCUUCUAUAUGCCAUGUUUAGCUGAAUGUAUUUUUGUGGAAAUGCAAAUAGAAACUGAUAGAAGGAAUAUUUAUUUCAUUUCAUUUCAUUGAAUCAGAUGCAAUCUCAAUUAUCUGUUUGAAGGUGUUUCCAUAGGAAUAUUAAUCUCUCCAGUACACUUCAUCACCUCGGACAAAAAGUGUCCAGCCUUGUGGUAAUGUUUUUUAUUCCAUGCAGUCUUCUGAAAUAAAUGCAUUGAACAUGA